GCCGCAGCUCGCGGGGCAUGUUCUGUACGCGCUUCUGCCAGAGCACGCCCGGACCGGCCGGUCCACUGCACGCCCCGGUCAGACCAGUCGUUCUCCUUGACGGUACAGCAUAGCGACUGUUAUUGUUUUCGCCCAAGUUUGCGAAAAACUUGCGUGUCCUCGGUAGGUUAUGGUGUUUCUGCGUACGGCCUCAACAACUACCUGGCGUGCACCUCAAACACAAACAUGGUUCCUAUUUUGUACUUGAUGUGUGCAUUUAGUCCCAUGUUGGUUUUGUCAGAUGAUUGCUCGACCGCCAUCGUGUUUCCUGAGGGGCCCCCCAUGUGCCCUCCUCCGGGACUUAUCCUAAGCGCGCCAACACAGCCUCGAGACCCAACAGCAGACGCGGCACAAUCCAAGCUGCCGGUGUCGAACAAGAGCUCCUUCUGCCCACCUCUUCAAUCGGCAACACUCGACAUAUCCUGCUACUUGGAUAGCUCUGAUCGCCCCUGUGAAGAACCGCAGCCGCCGGGCACAGUCGUCCUAUUCAAGUGCAAACCCCAGUACAGUGGUGAUCUUAGAUCGGGAAACGCGACGCAUUGUGGCCCCGGUGGCACAUGGACCAGGCCUCUACCGUCCUGCAAACCCGAGGGAUGCCCACCACUGCAAUGGCCGACUGUGCUGGCGGAAUGCACGCAUGACGGUCAGCCCGUUGCCUGCAGUGAACAACCGUCACCGACAGGAACAGUGGCCAGAUUUCGCUGCAAGCCCCUGCACCAGUUUUUGUUCGGCUACCUACCCUCUUCAGGCCUCGAGUCCCGCUGCAGAAGUGAUAGAGAGUGGAGCACAACGCCGUUCCGCUGCGCCCCGAUUUGCGGACAACCAACUGGGAAAGCGAUUGGUUUCGUUCGCGAUGGGAUACUGUCAAAUUCAGCGGCCGACUUUCCUUGGCACGUUUCUAUUUACGACAGGACCCUUGACAAUGAGCAGGUCUGCGGUGGAUCACUUAUUACGACAAAAUUUUUCGUGUCCGCUGCACACUGCUUCCACAAUGGUACUUUCCAUCCUGAGACGAUUUACCUUGCUGGAUUCGGCAAGAUCAAAAGAAGCGUUGACGUUGUCGAAGCGAACGAGCAGUACAGAAAACUACGGAAGAUUUAUCUGAAAGAUUAUGGAGGAAGAAACCAGCUGUACUCCAACGACAUUUCUAUAGUGGAGCUGCAAUCUGACGUAGAUAUCACGUCUUCAACUAUGCCGGUGUGUAUGGACUGGAGUUUCGAUUUACCAGAACUGCAACAUGGAGACCUUGGCGUGGUUGUUGGAUAUGGAAACACUUUGGAUAAUCCGCAUGCAGAUCUGCACUUCGCCAAACUACCGUUUAUUAAAAGCGAUGAGUGCAAACAUCGCGUAAGUGAUAGUUUAGCUAUUUACAACAAACUUCAGGAUAAAUUCUGCAUCGGCUUUAUAAACAGGUCGACGGUUGCAAAGGGUGACAGUGGAGGUGGCAUCGCUUUCCCAAAUAAAGACCGAGUGUGGUUUCUUCGUGGAAUUGUGUCGGUCGGAAGCUCGCAGGAGACAACAUACUCCUUCUUUACUAACGUGACAAAAUUCAUACCUUGGAUAUCCGCUACCAUCCAGCAGGGCGAGGUCACAGGUCGUCGUUGCGGCGUGGACGUAAGCCAGGAGGGUCCGGAAUCUGGUGGUCAGUACGGAUUUCCAUGGGAGGUUGAUUUGUACUUUAAGCGGACGUCAAACCGGAAAUUCGAAAUUCUCUCAACUGGCGCUCUGAUACAGCGCAACCUCGUCAUCACGCGUGUAAGGUCAGACUCAACGAGCGGGCAGGCUAUUGAUCUCUCUGAGUACCCAGUCACUUGGUUGCGGGUAGCUUCUCGUCGGAGCGCAGUUUUUGAAAACCUGGAAAAAGCAGCAAACGUGAGCCAGGUGAUCCGAGCCUUCUCGCCAAGCGACGUUACCGCUAAAUCCGGACUUUUCUACAAUUUUAUCCUCCUGGAGCUCAGGACACCGUUGCACCUUAUGCCGGUUUGCGUGGACUGGACAGGCAGCGCGCUUUUGCAGAAACAGCAUCAUGGGACAGUAAUAUCAAAUCAGAAAUCCGAGAACUCUUCUUUGUCUACACGUCAGUAUAUUUUGAGUCCAACAGAGUGUAAAUUUAAAAUUACACCUCCUCCAGAGAACCAUCACAUCUGCACCCUCCAAGAUGGGGACAAGGAGAAGACAAGCAGCCUGUAUGUGUUCGCCAACAACAAUUGGUUCCUGCGGGGCGUGGAGUCGCGGGCACUGCAUUCGCCCAACGGCACGAUCUCUGUUUACACCGACAUGGGCGACCCUGGCGUGCGGCAGUGGCUGACCAAGACCAACCACAUUCUAGGAAAGGCUACGUGUGGCAAUGUCAAUCUGUGUGAGUCGCUGUCAUCAGGAAUGUCGCUGGCUGGACAUCUGCCCUGGAACGUUGCUGUGGUGGCCGUAGACGAAACUGGAAAACAAACCAAACAUUCGGCAAUUCUUAUAAAGCCAAACGCCGUAUUAACAGCCAGCGCGUUUCUCGUUGACAUGAUUCAUUGGAACGGGAAAGGAAAAUUGCCGAAGUUCCCUGUCAACAACAUCACUGUUAUUUGGACAGCAUUUGACGGCAAUACUAAAACAAGUCGGGUAAGCCGCGUCAUCGUGCGUGAUGUCGGGGAGUCGCUGCGCGACGAUCAGCCACGCGUGGAUGUGGCGUUGCUUGAACUCCGCGGGGACAAACCACUGCCAACAAUGACCCCCGUGUGCCUUGACUUCAGCGGCAGCGUGCUACAGGAGCUGGCUACUGGCCAGCUAGGUCUGGUGGAGUCAUGGAGUUCCUGGAGUGAAUCAACGCACAGUCUGGCGAGUGUGUCUUUUAUGGGACCAAAGGAGUGCAACAUUAGGCUGCGACAGUUCUCGAACCGUUCCAAGGCCCUGAACGAGUUCUGCACUUCAGCCGCCGAAAGUGUUCUAGAGCCAACAGUGCAAGGUGGCGGUUUUCUGGUGUCUUCUGGCAGCCAGUGGUACCUUCAAGGGCUGUACACGGGCUAUGUCAAACUACGGCACCAGACAAUCGCCCUAGCGUCCGACUUUCGUGACGAGUCUCUAAGAAAGUGGCUCCAGCAGGAAAUAGAAAAUUUACAAAAAGUCAACAUUACCAUCUCUGACGAUAGUGGACCGAAGAACUGUGUUGGUGGAAGACCGUCUGGCACCGAGUGUGGUGUAUUUAAGUCGACUGACGAGCUGCAAGGUGAGGACGAGUACCUUUUUAAAACGUCGCAGAACCGCAUGGAGUGGAACGUAGAGGUGCACGUUGAUCGCGGUGACCGUGUUUGGGACGUGCGCUCAGGUAUCCUCGUGCGCGCAUCAAUGGUCGUCACGUGUAAGUAUCGUAGGUCCUGA